AACAGGAGAAAGUAUUUCGACUUCAUAAAGCGUUUGUGCUCGGCCAUACUUAAAUUAACAUUUAAAGUCUUUCCCAUCUUAUUACGAACAACAUAAUCACCAACACGACUUGAAGUGGUAAAUGUCCAAGGAACUGGAGCAAAUUUCGAACGCAUUAAAGUUUGAAAAAACUAUUAAAGUGUACCGUUUUCUUAAUUGUACUGAAUAUAGACACCUACCUACGCAUUUUGAAGGGGUGCGCUUUGUACCUGUCCGUAGAAUGUAUUAUAUCAGUGCAAAAUUGGUUGUAACCCGGAAUAUUCGACCCAACUUAAAGCUUAUUCUGAAAUUUGAAAGAUGUAAAUCACGAGAACAUUUAGAUUCUUGCGAGCCGUAUCAGGAUAUCAAUAUUAAAAGUGCGUGUCAAAGAACUUUAUCCAAAUUUAAGGCUUGGAGUGCAUUUGUUGAAAAGAUGGAGCCUAGUCUUGGUUGCCCGUUAUUAAAGGGUACAUAUUCAUGCCAAAAUGGAACGUUUGAUGGUAUUGCUCUCGCUGUUUUGCCAAUAGAGGGGUGGUAUUGGAAGGUUCGUGCUUUUGUUUACGAGGAAGGCGUGAAGAAUUCCGGUCCCAUUAUGUGCGUUUAUGUGGAAGGAGAGAUUGUAAAUGUAUAGACCUUGUGUAGCUUUUUUGGGUGGUGUUAUUUGGACCGCUCUGUAGUUUACUGUUGAUACUUUUUGAUGUAACAUUUUAUUUGUUAGUUGGGUAGAUAAGUGCAAAGAAAUGUUCAUCCUCUAUUAUGAUAUAGUAAUAAAUUGAAGAGAACAUUUUUUGAUCGCAAGAAUAGACUCCUUCGUUCUGUUGCUGCCAGUGGCGUCGCUAGAGUACGAUGCGCCGGGUAGCAAAACAAUUAAUGCGCCUUUCUCCAAAAAUAAAAAAUAAAGAUAACUCGCAUACACAUGCAGGUGCAGGG